CAUUAUCGUUUUGCCGUUAAAAAGGUUCAAAUAUGUCUGUUUGUUCACCUACUUGGUUUCCAUACUGAACAGAUUGGAAAAUGAUUGUAAAAGUAGUUGACUGGAAUGUAAAAACAAACAAACAUUAUGAAUUCAAACUCAAAAAAUGGUGUCAAGUAAUGUCAGUAAUGUCAAUGCAAUUUGUUGUAUUAACAUUAUACUAUGAGAAGUACAAAGGCAGAACCGAAUACUCUCAAACAUCAGUUAUCUCUCCAAAAUUACUGUUAUCCAGCUAUUCACUUCAUCAGAUAUGUUCCUCUUAUCAUGCAGCCCUAAUCUGCAGCUUGAUAGAAUAGUUUGAAUGGGUAUGGUUUCUCACGGCAUGGCUCAAGGUGGUGAUACUGGCUGCUAGAAAGUGCUCUUUUAGAUUUUAUCUUGACUAUAUUGAGUGAACAAGCAUCUUGAUCAACGGCCCAGCAGAACUGAUGUUUAGUGGAACUUGCGCUCUGGUUAUUGUGGCUGUUGAUGUAGACUCAGCUGGUGUUAGUUAGCUAGAGCUAGUUAUCCACACAUCUGGGGAUCAUGUGGCGCUAUCGGGAGUGACACCGUGACACUGACACGCCACCAUUCAGCUCCACGGCUGAUUUAUCACCCUGCGAAUGAGCAUGAAUUGGCUUUGCAAGCAGUUAUUUUGUGUCUGUGCAAUAACAGAGUCAGCUAGCCAGCUCUCCCAGGAGGAGCCGCUGAAAUCUGAUGAAGACGAAGGUCAGCUCCCAGUCGGACCUGUUCAGCUCGGCUCUCAGUGGAAACCUUAAGCCCUGUGACGGAUGAGUGGACAUGAAAACAAAAGACUGAGCUGCCUUUGUGCCCUGUGACAAUAACAACUUGUAGAAUUAAAUGUACAACCCUUUACUCAAUUUCUACCUUGAUGUUUUUGUAAGGAUUUCAUAGGAUAAUGGAAAUGAGAAGGAGGGGGGAAAGGAAAGUGAGCGGAGUUUGGUGUAAUUGGCCGUCAGGACGUUGACAGACAUUGGCCCGAGCCAGCAGUUUGACCGGCCAGAGGUCCUGGUCGGAUUCCCCUGCUGUGGAGGAGCUGGGGGCGUGCCAGGACAUUCCGCGUGUCAGAUUCUGCACAGCCAGCCCAUUCUCUCUUAUUUUGUAAUUUCCUUUUGAGAAAACUAGAAGGAAGUACUAUUACUCACUUCUUCGAUAUUCAUUCAGUUCCUUAAAACAGCUCAAGGAAGAAGACGGACCUGUGUGUUUAGCACUGAGUAGCUUUUAUAUUAUUUAUUACAGAGUUUGUCUUAAAAAUGGACUGUUGUAGAAUGAAGGAAGCAGCAGAGCACAACAUGAAAAUGCAUCCCAUGUGGCAGGAACCCCUCGCAAUACCGGGAGGCGAUCGCCAGUCUCCCAUCGACAUCGUGGUGCGGAAAAGCAUCUAUGAUUCGGAGCUGAAGCCUCUGGUCACCGAUUACGACCCGAACACCUGCCAACAGAUCUGGAACAACGGCUACUCCUUCCUGGUGGAAUAUGAUGACACCACAGACAAGUCCACCGUGAAAGGAGGCCCUCUGCAAGACAAAUUCAGAUUGUGCCAGUUCCACUUCCACUGGGGGGAGAGCAACGCCUGGGGAUCGGAGCACACCGUGGACAGGAAGCUGUUCCCUGCAGAGCUCCACUUGGUGCACUGGAACUCUGACAAAUACAGUUUGUUUGAGGAGGCAGUGAUGGAGGACAAUGGGCUGGCUGUCAUUGGGGUUUUUUUGAAGGUGGGAAAGAGACACGAAGGGCUGCAGAAACUGGUAGACGCUCUGCCUGCUAUCAGACACAAGAGCAGUGUAGUGGAGUUUAAUCGGUUCGACCCAGCCUGUCUGUUACCCAGCAACACUGAUGACUACUGGACCUACCACGGCUCUCUGACAACCCCACCUCUCACAGAGUCCGUCACCUGGAUGGUGAUGAAGCAGCACAUAGAAGUCAGCCAUGACCAGCUGGCGGUCUUCCGCAGCCUUCUCUUCACCUCAGCUGAGGAGGAAGUGCAGAAGGGUAUGGUGAACAACUUUCGCGUGCAGCAGUCUCUGUGCGGUCGCACCGUGCGCUCGUCCUUCUCUCCCUUCCUGCAGGAGGUGCCGUCGGCUGAAGAUGACAAACAUACAUACUGACGCUGCCGGAGCCCGAACACACAGUAACACCACCAGAACUACCUUUACUCUGUGAUCAGCUGUCCGGACUCUGCUUUCUUUUUUUGCAGUCUCAACAAAAACCCAUUUUUAAGCAUGAUGAAGUCUCCUCACAGGAGCUUCAGUUUUACUGAAUGUAUUUAUUUUUUAAUACAAACCAUGUUUUGAUUUUGGUGCAGACAAUUUGCAAAAAGGGAUGGUUGCUGUGGGGGAAAUACUUAGUUUUACAGAGGUUUUUUUUUUUAACAUAAAUGUUAUCUAUUAUACAUUAACAGCUCAUUAGUUACAGCAUAUGUGGGUUUUACCUGCAGCUCAGUGUAGAGGGAGCGUAUAAAAUAAAUCAGCAGCACCAUGUGCUGGCCGCAGUCUGUGCUACACCUCAGUUCCUAGCAGGGAUGUUCAUAUCCAUAAAAUUAUACAGCAGGGAGCCCAGGAGAUCCAAAAAUAAAAAAGGAGUUGUGUCUCUCCUGUAGAAUACAUAAUAUAUCUUCGAGGGCUGAUUUUAAUCCUGUAUGGCGGGGUGUUGGGGUCAUCGUUGAAUUUGUCUUUAUACAUUAAUAAGACGAUUUAGAAUGUAUGGUUUUUAAUCUGUUACAAAAGGAUUAUACUGUGUACAGGACAACUGACAUUCAGAAACCCUUGUUUCUUGCGGUAUGUGACGUUCAGAAAUCCCUCACACACCGAAGGUUUUAAAAGAAACGUUACUGAUGCGCACUAAAAAGCCAGGUCACUGUAGCACAUAAAUGCAUUAUAGGAAAAUGCUGAUUAAGAGAAGCAGUUCCCUCCCAAUCCCCUUUUUGUCUUACAGGAGUUUAAAGUAUUCAAACUACAGUGCCUUAAAUAUUCCGAAUCACUGCCAUGAGUUUCACCAAUGCAAGCGUGUGAUUCAAGCCUCGCACAUGUUUGAGCAUGUAUAAUAUCUCAAAAGUAUAAACACAACAUACCGCUGAGCUCCAGCCAAUGACUUCAGCACACUGGUAGAGGAAUUUGGUUAACCUGUGGAUAAUUAGACUUUCAGGUCCACUAAUGGUCUCAAGUCUGUAUACUUUGAGGGAACUGCUUUCUCUGGUUUGGUUGGUUGUAUGUUGUCUGGUUCACAUUUGUCUGUGUAAUAUUUGUGGCUGGAAUUAAUCAAAGUAAGAUGGUUAAACAAAUUGACAGGUGACACAGUGGGACCAACUGACUACAAUUUCCUUGUAUAUCACAACGCCUGUCAAGCACUUUUAAAAAUGUGUUUAUAUUGGCUUUCACUGCUUACUAAAACUAAAUGUUAUCUCUCAUUCAGGAUUUCUUUCUGGGGGAAUGAAGCCUUUUCCUUGGGUUUUACAUAUUCUAACUCAAAUUGGCAUCUACUACAGCGGCUUCUACAAUUCCAAGCCUCCGUGAUUUUUUUAAAAGCUAAACAAGUUUGUAACACCUAAAAAAAACUACAAUUCCCAAGAAAUGUUUGCACAAAAACUUCAUUACCUUGUUUUCAACUAUCUCUAAAACAGAAUCUGUGUUAUCUCCGCUUUUAUAAAUCUCCCAGCGUUUACUGUUAUUAUGUCAGACCUAUGGGAUUAUGGGUAAUGGAGUUUAUAAAGGCUACUAUAAACCAGAUAUCAUUAAACAAUGAAUUUAGGGUGAUUUAAGGAAGCAUGUAAAGCUCUGUUGUGAUGCUGGAUUUUUGUUCCAUUUUCUUUUAACAUUUUUUUUUUAUUUUUUUUUUUUACUCAAACUCGAAAGCUCUACUUUUAUUUCGGCUUCAUUUUAUCUUGUUAAGGAACAUUUCAUGUACCGUAUUCCGAGUUUACGAAGUUCUACAUUUAAUCAAACCCUCCUUUGUGUUUUCCACUUGAUACAACUACUCUGCAGAGACAUUGCAGAUGAGGAUGUUGUCAUUUUGACAGAAAGAGCAGCUUAUGCAACCUUGCAUCAUACAAAGAAGUCAGGCAGGGUGCCCGUUGGGCUCCGGUCCAGUAGUUCCCGCACUCUGGGUGAAUCUUACUAUGCACCAUUAGAAAGAGAAGGAGUGGUUUGAAAAAAAAGACGAGUAGGACGGAUAAAAAGUUACACGACGGAUAGUUCGCUGGAAACCCAACUUGAAAUGAUCUCUAACGUAAUUCCUCCGACAUGCCUGAUCAUACGUCUUUAACUCGAGAAGAGGAAUUUGCACUAUAAUCCAGAAACCCACAUGUAUCUGGCUACUUCUAGUUUCCUCUGUGUACGUACAGUUGAGUUGGGGGAGGGGUGGGAGGCUGUCUUUAUAAUCCUAGGGGAACAAUGCAACUAUCCAAACGGGGCCUCUACUUAGAAACAGCCGUUCCUUCCCUCCUGAGUCUCAGGCAUUCACACCCUGCUCCCUCUCCCCACUGUCCCCCCUGUGGAUGCCAUAUUCUGAAUGGACAAACUGGAUAUGUAUGUCAAAGAUCCAACUUUAUGCAGAUGAUGUUAACCUGUUCUGAAGGCUUCACAUUUGCUAUAGACGCUGACAGCCAGUAGAAGUUUUGAGAAUGUUGCACCGUAGCUUUUUUCUUUUCUUGCAUAUUGAGUGUUUCAUGGAGACAAAGGACCCAGUACUGCCUUCAUUUCGUUCAGCCGUGUUUCAGCGAUGUAUUUGAAAUCGUGCACCACUGACUGCCUUCAUCUUCCAUGGCAUCUACAUUUUACAAUUAUCCUUUUUAUGCCUUUUUUCUAACUUGAGUUCAAUGUCAAUUAUUCCACUGCAAAUGUUACAUUGCUGUUUUCUUUCAAAAAUGGAGAUUCGUAUCACUGUCAGCCUUUCUAAACAUAUGAUGGGACUCUGUCAUGAUGCUGUACUCUUCUCAUUACACCAUCCAUACGUGUUCCCUGCCUUGUGUAGCCCAGUGUGAUGUUUUAGCAGGUGUAUGCAGUACAUACUGUAUUUUAGCUGUUUAUUUGCUAAGUGGGCAGCCGACAUUCCUGCCCUGUGGGCGUUUCAGUGGGCCCCUCUCCCCUCCCAGCAUGCUUUGCUCCACCUGGAUGGCUCCUUAUAGGCAGCUGUGCAACCAUGAUGUGUUUUUCUGAGAAUGGGGAAAACCACCCAAAGGUGUCACAUGAUAUAGAUGUAAAAAUGAUUGUAAAGAAACUGAUAUAUAUAUAUAGAUGGUGUAUAACAAUAAAGUAUGUGUGAUGUGAAAAGGA